AUGAGCAAAAAUAACGACGCCAAGAAGACUCCUAUCCUCACCCAUCUCGUCGCCGGUGGCUCUGCCGGUUUCAUGGAAGCCUGCACCUGCCAUCCUCUUGAUACCAUCAAAGUCAGAAUGCAGCUCGCAAAGAAUGCUCAGAAGAGCGCUUCUGGCAAGAAACUCGGUUUCUUUGGUGUGGGUGUCAGAAUCGUGAAGAACGAAUCCUUCUUGGCUCUGUACAAGGGUCUUGGUGCCGUCAUUGCUGGUAUCGUCCCCAAGAUGGCCAUUCGCUUCAGUUCGUUCGAACUGUACAAGGGUAUGAUGGUCGAUGAAAAUGGCAAGAACUCGCGUACGAGUGUCUUCUUUGCUGGUCUUGCUGCCGGUACCACCGAAGCUGUCAUGGUUGUCUCGCCCAUGGAUUUGAUCAAGAUCAGACUUCAGGCUCAACGCAACUCCAUGGCUGAUCCUAUGGACAUCCCCAAGUACCGUAACGCUCCUCAUGCCGCUUAUGUCAUUAUUAAGGAGGAAGGUUUCCGUGCCAUGUACAAGGGCGUUGCUUUGACUGCUUUAAGACAAGCCACCAACCAGGCUGCCAACUUCACUGCCUAUCAGGAGUUGAAGAAGUGGGGCAAGCACUACCAGAACAUUGAUGGCGAACUUCCCGCAUACCAAACGUUGGUCAUUGGUGGUAUCUCUGGUGCCAUGGGUCCUUUGUCGAACGCUCCUAUUGAUACCAUCAAGACUCGUAUCCAGAAGUCGCACAUCUCGGGCGGAACGGCUUGGAGCCGCUUCGUUACUGUUACGACCGAAAUCUACAAGAAGGAAGGUGUUCGCGCGUUCUACAAGGGCUUGACUCCUCGUGUCUUGCGUGUUGCCCCUGGUCAGUCGGUCACCUUCGUCGUGUACGAACGAGUCAAGUCAUGGUUGGAAAUCGUCCAGGGCAAGGUCCAGGAGGGUGAAUUGACCAUCAAGGCUCCUCAAAAAUAA